UUGUAAAGAUGAACAGACUUCGGCUGAUGCAAACGAGGGCGGGGCAUCUACCGGUGCAAUGUCAUAUGCAUUAAUUCAUGCGCUAGAAAAAAAUGAUCAUCCAACGUACCAAGAGUUGUUGAACAAUAUUCGAGACAUACUUCAUUCGAAAUAUGUUCAGAGACCUCAACUUAGCGC